AUGGAGUGCAGUAUGUGUGGGGAUGUGGGCUUUCAGAUCUAUCUAUUCCAAUGCACAAAAUGUUCAAUUCGUUUCCAGCAUCAAUAUUGCAGCAGAGCAUAUUUUGAGAAUGAAUCAGUUGAGAGUAUCAAUGAAGUAUGUGAUUGGUGUUUCAGUAUUCCAGAGGGGGAUGUAGGCUCUGAUGUUAAGCUUAUGAUCAGGGAUUCUGCUAAAAGAAUGAGAAGUUCUGCUGGGUUUGGGGAGUGUACAAAGAUGACCCACAAUAGAAAAUGCAGGAGAAUUAUGAGAAAACCAUGCGUUGGAAUUGAUGGAGAGAUACCCAAAUUGCUGAAGAGGACGGAAAAGACUGAAUUAAGAGACAGUAUGGAAAGGAAAAAUAAGAAGAGAUAUAAGCUUCUUGAUGAAAUUCUCUAUUGA